CUUUGCAAAUUAUUAAAGUUUGAAAAAUAAAUAUGUUUUGUAGAUAUGCGUUAAAAAAAAAAUUAAAUAUCCUAUACUUAUAUUUAGGUCAAACACCGCUAUGAUAUUUCUUUCUUAGAAAUUUCUGAUCAUUUUAUUACAUAAUAUUAUUAGUAAUAUUUUUUGUAGGACAAUUUUGCAUAAGCAGGUAAAACACCUUCCCAAGAAAGGAUCCUAUAACGUAAUAUCGAUUCUAUGAGUCCAAAAUAGAUUAUUUUUAAAUGUACAUUCAACGCAUUAUUUGUAUGCUUAGUCCAGUUAUGAUGAGAAUCAAUUUGUACUUUAAAGUGUUUGAUAUCAUUUGUAAUACUUAUAUGAAACUACUGAACGUUACCUUUUAUUGUUUCUAUAAGAAGAGGUCAUCUUUUUGUAACUGUAUAAUGAUGGAACAACAUAAGUUUUAUCAAAGAUUUUUAGUGGUUCUGGAGUUAAAUAACGAACCAUCUUAUUUUGAAAUUAUAAUCUAGGCCUAUAUCUACCCCUCUACAUGAUUUUAUUAAAGUUAAAUACAUGUAUUAAAUAAUUGAAAAAUGGGAAAUUCAUAUAAAAUAGUGAUAUUGCUUCUAUUUGUGGACUGUGUUUAUGUAAUUUCAAAUAUUAAUUCCGAAUUAACGCAAAUUUGGGGACCUGGCUUAGAGCCCGAAAAAAUUGUAAUGCCUGCAAGAUAUUUCUUCAUUAAACUUGGAAAAAGUGAAAAUAAUAACAGUAAUUCAACACAAAAUAAAACACUGCAUGUAGUAAUUGAAGGUGGAACAAAUAGCCAAAAACCCUGUAGAAUUUGGACAAAUGUUCUAAAUAGAAAAAAUGGUAGUUACAUAGUUAGAUAUAAAUUAUAUGAAACUUGCUCAAAUAUAAAAAUUUCUAUUAAAUAUAGAGGAAAUCAUUUAGCUAAAUCACCAUAUAUUAUAAAUAAACAGAUUUUAUCUGAUGAUUGUGACUGUCCCACACAUAAAAUUGAGGAAGUACUUAACUUGUGGGAUUGUGGGCCUGUACCAGAAUUACUGAAGAGUAGGUUGGCUGAAUUUGGUCAAAUAAAUUGGGAUGAGAGAAGAAAACAUGUGAUAAAAAAGUUUGAUCAGCCCCACUCAGUCAGCCUGUGCCACUAUGUUAUUAAAAAUAAUAAAAUCUAUAGAAGAUGUUAUGGAAAAUAUGUUGGUUUCAAUAUGUUUGUUGAUAAUAUUCUAUUAUCUCUAACCAGAAAGAGUAUUCUUCCAGAUAUGGAAUUUUUUUCUAAUUUAGGAGACUGGCCACUAUCUACUUUUAACUUAAAGGAAAAAUAUCCAGUGUUUUCAUGGUGUGGCAGUACAGACAGUUAUGAUAUUAUUAUGCCAACUUAUGAUAUUACAGAAUCAACUUUAGAAAAUAUGGGAAGGGUAACUCUAGAUAUAUUGUCAGUACAAGGAAAUACAGAUGGGAGGUGGGAAAAUCGAAUUCCAAAGUUAUUUUGGAGGGGACGAGAUUCUAAUAAGUACCGUCUUGAAUUAAUAAAAAUGGCUCGGAAAUAUCCAGAUUUUUUCAAUACUUCAUUGACAAAUUUUUUUUUCUAUAAAGAUGAAGAAGCCAUUUAUGGCCCAAAGAGUGAACAUGUGUCGUUUUUUAAGUUUUUUGAUUAUAAAUAUCAACUGGCCAUAGAUGGAACUGUAGCACCUUACAGAAUGCCUUACCUUUUAGCAGGUGGUUCAUUAGUUUUUAAACCUGAAUCCAAGUAUUUUGAAUAUUUUUAUAUGGACCUACAACCCAAUAUACAUUACAUACCUAUUAAGAAUGAUAUUACAGAUCUUCUGGAUAAGAUUAAAUGGGCAAUUGAGAAUGAUAGCAGAGCUAAAGAAAUAGCUAGAAGAAGUCAAGAAUUCGCAAAUGAGAAUUUGUUACCUAAGAAUAUUUUUUGUUAUCACUUGCAUAUUUUUAAUGAAUUUAGCAAGAUUAUUACUAGUAAGAUAGAGAUUUUAGAGGGGAUGGAAAUGAUUAGCCAAAAAAAGAUUGAAGAAUGUAUAUGUAACCUGCAAAAAGAUGAAUUAUGAAGGCCAUUUAAUGGAAAAUUAAUAACUAUAAUAAUUGUGAUAAAUGUUUUAUUUUUUACAGAAUCUCACACAAGUGUAUAAAGAAAAUUAUUUUAAUCUAGAAAAGAAUACAUGAUUUUUUAUUAAAUUACUAUAUAUAAUUUCUAACCAAUUACUUUUAUUAUUAAUUAUUCAUAUUAUAGAUUAACGAUCCUACAAACCAGCAUAAAGUUUAAUCACAUUAAAUUCACAAUACUUAAAACCCCUUAUUGUACCCUGUCUUGUCAAGGUUUAUCAAAAUUAUCUCUAAUUCAUGCAAAAGUUCUCUUUUGACUGCGUCCGGUACCAUUGACCGGGCUUUGGGGGUUAUUUGAGCAAUUAGUUCAUCUGCAGUUGGAACAUGUUUAUCUCCACUUUCCAAUAUGGCUUUUCUGCAUGCAAGCUUAACCUGAUCUCGCCACCCACUUUCAAUUAGACGUGUUUGUACCAACUCUGUAACACUGGAAAUAUAAAAAAUGCAUUAUUAAAUAUAUUUAUUUUAACAAGGUUAAAAAAUGCUAAAGAAAAUUGAGGGACAA